GCUACAGGAAACACAAUGGGACCAUUCCAAGAGUAUGAGGAAAAAAAGAAAGGGAGCCCUCGGAGUCGCAUCCCACGUUUGGGCCUCCAUCCCUUCCAGCAAAAGGGCAAUGGAUCACCUCUUUCUGACUCUCCUUUCUCAGAAGAGGAGGGCAAAGAGUGUGACACCAGCUCAGAUCACUCUAAGAGAACAAUCAGCACCAACAGUUUUUAUUCCGGCUCUGAGGAGAGUGCCCAUAGCUCACCAACGCUCCCCGGGCGCAAGGCCAAAGCGAAGAGGGUCCGAGUUAUAGCGGAUGGCAGUCACGGACCACGGAGUGCUCCAACCAGGCACAAGAAGGAGCUGAGGUCGGCCAUGAAACCCAGAGGAAGUGAGGCAGAUUUUAGCUCCUCCAGUAGUACAGGGAGUCUGAAGACCAGGGAGACUCUCACCAAAAUAUCUGCAAAGAAGGCUCCUUCUCACAGCUCGCUUCCAGUGUUCAAACCAGCAGGAAGCCCUUCCUUCAACUAUGAUGCAGAACUAUAUGCUCCAUGUAGGACUCCGCCUAGGGUUGCAUCCUCAACCAAUAGUAGCAGCUGCAACUCCAGCCCUACAUCCAGGAGAGCAAACUUGAGCCGCUACCAUUCAUGUGGCGAUAACCAUGGAAUUCGACCCCCCAACCCUGAACAGUAUCUCACCCCUCUGCAGCGAAAAGAAGUGGCCAUCAGGCACCUGAAAACAAAGCUACUGGAGUCUGACAACAGGGUGCAUGACAGAGAGGCAGAAAUUGAGGAUCUCAAGGGCCAGCUCAGCAGAAUGAGAGAAGACUGGAUUGAGGAAGAAUGUCACCGGGUAGAGGCUCAGCUGUCCCUCAAAGAAGCCCGUAAAGAAAUCAAACAGCUGCGCCACGUUGUGGAGACCAUGAAGAACAGCCUGAUGGAAAAAGAUAAGGGAAUACAGAAGUAUUUCAUUGACAUAAACAUCCAAAACAGGAAGCUGGAGUCCCUACUGCAAAGCAUGGAACUUGCCAACCUUCAAGACGAAAACACACAGGACUUUGUCUUUCAGAGCCCUGAAAGGGAUGGGAAGAAGAUUGAUAGAGAUGAAGAGUGUGGAAUGGAGUUGGGAGACCAAGGGGUAGAGGCCAUGGCUGAUGGUGGGCUGCUAAUGAAUGAUGAGAUGGCCAACAGAGAUGAUAUUUUGGAGCAGGUCUUCAUGUCUACUGCUGUGGAUUUCAGUCUGGGCUCCAUCAACAAACCAAAGGCCGGGAUCGAGCCAGGCCCUGGUGUGUCCAUCUUAUCCGAAAUAUCCAAUCCAUGUCCACCAUCUAAAUCAGCUUCUGUUACUAGCAGCAUCUCACUUGCCCUGAACAAGACUGAAGAUAAGGCGCUCCAGACUGACAUAAUGCCCAUGUCACAAGACCUUCAGGCGCUCCUUUAUCACCUUCUUAAACUUGAAGGGAGUGGAGGCCAAACAUUGUCCAGCUCUGUUUUGGGUCUCCCAAACCUGUUCAACUCCACUGUAACUUCUGCACAUUCCCCUGACUUGAUAUCUCCCAUAGCAUCCAUGCUGAGUCCUGCUCCCCGCAACAGUGCAGUCAUCGCUACUGACGUUGAACUGUGCUGCUCAGAACUGGAAGAUAACCCUCGGUUCAUGGAUGAAUUGGAUUUUGAUAUAAGCACAGAAACACACCCUCCCUCACCAGGACUGGGUGUGGUCAGGAAGCAAUACUGGAGCAACAGUUUUCUGGUGGAUCUGGUUGCAGUCGCAGCACCCAUGCUACCCACAGUGGCCUGGCUGUACUCGCAGCAUGGUGUGGAGAAAAGCACUCCAGUUAACAUUGCUGCUCUCAUUCGGGGCUGUUGUAUCAUGGGAUUGCACUCUCUUCGUCACAUUGCUCACAGGCCAGAUGUCUAAUGGUUUUCAACAUGUAAGCACAUGGCUCACUUUGAAUUUGAAGCACUUAAGGAUUUUUCAAUUUUUUUCAUUAUUUUCCUGAACAUCUAAUCAAUGUUGCUAUUUGGGGUCCACCUGUGUAUAUUUACUGUGAGAUAAAGCAAAAUGGCAACAUGAAAGGGAAUAUUUAUUCAUGGGUAUAAUUUGUCUAUAGUUUGUCUACAAAACGAUCUAAGUAGAUUUAUUGAUCUUUGGUGUUUUGUACUGUUCCAGAUUGUCCUUGUUAAAACUUGCCGUCACCUGCUCAAAUGACUGUUUGGAGAAGAAAGAUUGAAUGUCAGUCUGUUUGACAUGUUUUCAGAAGUUUAAGUUGUUUAAAAAAUAAACUUUUUUUCCUUCAGCCAAAGCUUUAAUGUGAAAUGUUUGUGAAAGUGUAUUGGUCCUCCCAAUAAGUGGAGCUUUAAGUUGAACUUUUGUAUUAACAGUUGAUGAUGAUUCACAGCAAAUGAGAUAUGUGCCUGAGCUAUGUGCAAUACCUGCAGUUUGCAUGAAUAUCCAUGUGCAUUUAUUAUUAAAGCAUGAUCAUACAGCA